AAUUCGCUUCAAUAAUAUAUUAUAAUAUAACAACAACUUAAUCAAAUCAAUUCGCCACAAAAUCGCAAACAUAUUUGAAAAAUUCGUUGACUCGAUUCCAAAACACGAACAAGCCACAUAUUCGAGUAUUUAACUGUUAAACCUAAACGAGCAGAAGAGAUCACAUUGAGAGUGAAAAGAGAGAUAGAUAUAUAUAUAUACAUAGGGAGUACAUGCGUGUGUGCUUAAAUACUGGAAAAUACAGAUAAGAUAAAUACUAUAAGCACUAAACCCAGCCGCGUAUAUACAUUAAUAGCGGGCUAACCACACAAGAGUAACGCAGAAAAUCAAAUACAGUCAAAUCAACAAUAAGUAACAGACAAACAAUUCAAGUGAAAAUCAGAAACAAAUCAGAAACUGUUGAACUUAAAAGUGCUAAAAAAAGUAACGACGAGAAAAACUCGAGCAACAGCCAUUUUGAGAGAAAGUAAACCAAAAGCGUCCAGGGAAUCGGUGCAAAUCGUUAACAAUUUUUUCUCGCAAAGGCGCCACGUCCAAGAGCAAAUCGUUCCAUAUGGUUCAUAUUAUCGAACUGGUCGGCCAGCCGAAGGUUGAGUUUGCUCAACAAGUUACUAUGAACCGUGCUUUACAGCUGAAGCCAGCUGAAAAUGAAAGUCGCAGCGAGCAUUUAGAUCGCAAGCUGUUCGUUGGCAUGCUCAGCAAACAACAAUCCGAAGACGAUGUUAGACAAAUCUUCCAUCCGUUCGGCACUAUAGAGGAGUGCACCAUACUGCGCGGGCCGGACGGUGCUAGCAAAGGCUGCGCUUUCGUCAAAUUCGGCUCGCAGCAGGAGGCCCAGUCAGCAAUAACCAAUCUACACGGAAGUCAAACUAUGCCGGGUGCAUCCUCCAGCCUGGUCGUCAAAUACGCCGACACGGAGAAGGAGCGACAAAUAAGGCGUAUGCAGCAAAUGGCCGGUCACAUGAACCUCCUGAACCCGUUUGUCUUUAAUCAGUUCAGUCCGUAUGGCGCCUACGCUCAGCAACAGCAGCAAGCCGCCCUGAUGGCCGCCGCUGCCACGGCACCCGGCUCGGCAGCCGCCUACAUGAACCCGAUGGCGGCCCUGGCAACGCAGAUACCUCACGGCCUCAACGGCACCGGCCAGCCGCCUUCGCUUCCCUCGCCGACCAUGCCCAACUUCAACAUGGGCGCCAACACGCCCAACGGCCAGCCCGGCGGAGCCGCCGCCGCCGCUGCUGCAGCCGCUGCUGCAGACGGUGUCUUCACGAACGGCAUUCCUCAAACGGCAUUCCCAGGACAUCCGCUGCACUUGACUAUACCGCCACAAGGUUUGCCAAACGGCGAUGCUGCUACCCUGCAACAUGCCUUCCCUGGUCUGCCACCGUUUCCAGGAGUUGCCUUUCCCGCCGUCUAUGGACAGUUUCCACAAGCUUUACCACCUCCCCUAGCGGCGGUUGCACCCACUCAGCGUGAAGAUUUUCUGAUGUUCCCAGGAUGUUCAAUAUCCGGACCCGAGGGCUGCAACCUCUUUAUCUACCAUUUGCCCCAAGAGUUUGGUGACGCCGAGUUAAUGCAAAUGUUCCUGCCGUUCGGCAAUGUGAUCAGCUCCAAGGUCUUCAUCGAUCGUGCUACAAACCAGAGCAAGUGCUUCGGUUUUGUUUCUUUCGAUAAUCCCGCCAGCGCUCAAGCGGCCAUUCAGGCAAUGAAUGGCUUCCAGAUUGGCAUGAAAAGACUGAAAGUUCAAUUGAAGCGGCCAAAGGAUGCCAGUCGACCCUAUUAACAAUCGGAGUUCCUUAAACGCAAUUCACACCAACAAACUGGAGCCCCAACAUCAGGAGCCUGCUUCCCAGCAGCUUUGCCAACUACUACAGCAUUUUCCGCAGCACCUUCGACAGCAGCAGUCACCACAGCCCCCGCCACAGCAACAACAUCAGCUCAUUACAGCCAUCUUGGCGGCGGCUUUGGGCCAACAUUCACGUCUGAAAGCUCCACCCAUAACGCCCAUAAUGCCCAUAAUGCCCACAGCGCCAUGCCCUACACGUUCGCCAGCUGGCGCAGCGGUACCUACUGCUAUCGCUACAGCAACGACAGCAGCAGCAGAAACUCCAACGACAACUGCGGAGACAACAGCAUCAACAACAACACCCACAAUAGCAACAGCAGCAUGACCGAUCCAGAGUCGCAGUCCAACGAUCCACCCAAUACCAACUGCUCCAAGGUGGAGUUAGUCGAGAAACUAUUCAUGUGGCAGCAGCAGAAGCGAAAGGCCUAGGAAAAGAGAUCGAUCGCUUCAACUGCAGCUGCAACAGGGAAAGGAGCAACUAUUGAUGGGAUGGUCUUCAGCCCGGCUAAGAAAAAAACGAUUAUAGAAAUUAAAUACAUGCUACGUGUAUGUAAAAAAAA